CAGUGUGUGGUUCGUUCGGAAGAAAAGUGUUUGCAUACCAAUCUCUCUCUCGUCUCGAAGACUGCGUGACCAAAUUGGGGCUAUAGUUAUCUGCGGCUCUGGAAUUUAUUUGCUGAAGACUGAAGUCUAUAGGCUUGUUGUUAUUUUCUUGGACACAUAUCCUACUUGGCUAUUUUCUUAGAAUAUUUAUCUUGUUUUUAUGCACUGAUUUUAGUGCAUAAUUGUAUUAUCUGACAUAUUUUGUGGAGAGAACACCAGAAAGCUCGCGCAGAGGUGUUGGACUAAACUGCAGUUUUGAGCUAAAUGAAAACAGGAGAGGAGGGGAAACAGAGAGAACUCGUCUGCUUCAUCUGAACGAAGACGCAGAAACAGAAACUCAUGGGGCUGGGGGAGGCUUCAGCGAGAGGGACAGCCAUGGACAGAGACUGUCUCAGCUGCAUCAAAUACCUAAUGUUUGUCUUCAAUUUUCUCAUCUUCCUGGGAGGCUCCUUCCUCCUGGGUGUGGGGGUGUGGGUGCUAGUGGACCCUACAGGCUUCAGGGAGAUCGUAGCAGCCAACCCUCUGCUCUUCACAGGAGUCUACAUCAUCCUGGUCAUGGGGGGAAUGCUUUUCCUACUGGGCUUCCUGGGCUGCUGUGGAGCCAUCCGGGAGAACAAGUGUCUGCUGAUGUUUUUCUUCAUGCUCAUCCUGGUCAUCUUCCUGGCGGAACUAGCUGCAGCCAUCCUGGCCUUCAUAUUCCGGGAGCAUCUGACCAGAGAGUACUUCACUAAGGAGCUGAAGAGGCACUACCAGGGCUACAACAACACUGAUGUCUUCACUGGAACGUGGAACGCUAUCAUGAACACUUUUGACUGCUGUGGAGUGAACAGCCCGGAGGACUUUGAGGAGAGCCUGUUCAGACUGAUCAACCCCAAUGAGAUGGUCCCUGCGGCAUGCUGCAGGAGGGGUAGUCACCCCGGAGACUCAGCCUACAUCUCCCAGAAGGAGUGUCUGAUGGGGAACAUGCUGUUCAGAAACAACAAGGGCUGCUACUCAGCGGUGGUGGACUACUUUGAGCUGUACAUCUAUGUGGCUGGAGCGCUGGCCAUCGUGGUGCUCACCAUCGAGCUGUUUGCCAUGGUCUUUGCCAUGUGUCUCUUCAGAGGUAUCCAGUAGGAAUACUGCACCGCACGCCGGACAGGAGGACUUUUUGGAGCUAGAAAUCAGGAGAAGGGAAAGAAAAAUGUACACUUGUAAAUGUAUUGUUCUCUUUUAUAUCUGCAAAAUUGAUUGGUUGGAAAACAAACAAACAAAACAACACUCAGAAAACAAACAACUAGUACUUCUCAGCUGGACCUUUGAGGUACUUGGUGACAAAAAAAAGAAAGGAUAGAAAGACAAAAA